CGAAAGAAGAGCAUCUUCCAGCAAGGGUAAAACUACUCUGAAAACACAGACACUCGUCAAAAACAACAAUCAAGCAAAACCAACAUGAUGCCUUUUGUGCCAAAGUGCCCAUUCAACAACGUCUGCACCGUUGGACGCUUCCCAACCGUGAAGCUGCUGGCUGGCGACUGCCGUAAAACAGCAUGCGGCACAUCCGUUUGUGCAACACCUUGCGCCAACCCUUGCGUGAACCCCUGUACUAACCCCACCGUAAACCCAUACAACAUGCCUUGGGGAAACCCUUGGGUUAACCCAUAUGCCACCUCCUACUCUAACCCAUGUGUGAAUCCGUGCGCAAACCCAUGUGCCAACCCCUGUGCCUAUCCUUAUGCAAACCCGUGUGCCAACCCUUGUGCUAAUCCUUGUGUAAACCCGUGUGCCAACCCUUGUGCUAAUCCUUGUGUAAACCCGUGUGCCAACCCUUGUGCUAAUCCUUGUGUAAACCCCUGCUCUAACCCGUGCAACUAUCCAUGCCGUGAAUACAACUCCAAGGAAGUUGUCAUCAGAGAUUGUGCCGAUGACUGCUUAACCAAGAAAGUAUGCGGAGGUGAUGAUCUUACCCUUCGGGUGUGUAAGGUCGACCUCCUCAAGUGCAGGACUGGACAGAAUCGACUGGAGCAUCGCACCAACUGUUUUCUGGACGAGAAUCUCAUCAUCCGCAGAGGACAGUGUUUCAAUAUGUGGAUCGAUCUGUCACGGCCAUUUAAUCCAACCUGUGACCAACUUCACCUGGAGCUGAAACUCGGCCACGUCCCAUCAAUCCGGGACGGCACCUAUGUGAUCAUUCCUUUAGUGAGCGAGUUCAAGAAAAACUGCUGGGGGGUCAAGAUUGUCGAACAGGGCCAAAACCGAAUCAAACUGUGUGUUAACUCGGUUCCAGGUGCCUGUGUGGGACGUUACACACUCAAUGUUGUGACGAACUGUCAGGGGGGCAGAUACACUUCACCGUGCGUCCCUGACAAUGACAUCUAUAUGCUGUUCAACCCUUGGUGUAAAGAGGACUGUGUGUACCUGGAAGAUGACUCUGAGAGAGCCGAGUACGUGCUGAGUGACAUGGGCAGAAUCUACUAUGGAACCAAGCAACAGAUUGGCUGCAAAACAUGGAACUUUGGCCAAUUUGAAGAGGGAAUCUUAGGUGCCUGUUUGUAUGUGUUGGAGAAGAGUUGUACCCCUUGCUCAGGAUGGGGAAACCCCAUUACCAUCUCCAGAGUUGUAUCUGACAUGGUUAUUGCCAACAAAGAAUGCGGUGUGUUGAUGGGUAACUGGUCCAGCUGCUAUGGAGGUGGAAUUGCUCCUACAGCCUGGUGUGGCAGUGCUCCCAUUCUGAAACAGUACUACAAAUGUGGAGGAGUGCCUGUCAAAUACGGACAAAGCGUGGCCUUCGCUGGAGUCACUAACACAAUGAUGAGAUGCUUGGGCAUUCCCUGUCGUCCCGUCUCCAACUUCCUGUCUGCUCACGACACUGACGUCUCCUUGACAACAGACAUUUAUUUAGAUGAGAAAUUCCAGCCGAUCGAUCACCUGAACCGGGAUUCAGUCUGGAACUACCACGUGUGGAAUGAGGCCUGGAUGACCCGUUCAGACCUGCCGUGUGGCUUUGGAGGUUGGCAGGUGGUGGAUUCCACUCCUCAGUUGACCAGUAAUGGCUUCUAUCGUUGCGGCCCCACGGCUGUCGCAGCCCUCCGCAGCGGCCAGGUCUUCCUGAAGCAUGACGCUCCCUUCCUGUUCGCUGAGGUGAACAACGAUAGAGUCUACUGGCAGAGGAAAUGCAAUGGAACCUUUGGUGUUGUUCAUCUUGAAAAGGAUGUUGUGGGUCACUGCAUCAGCACCAAGGCUGUCGGCUCAGAUCAGCGUGUAGAUAUCACAAACCUCUACAAGCACGCUAAAGGCACCGAGGAAAGGUGCGCUGCUUUGGAGACGGCCUGCCGCUACGGCGCUAAACGAUGCGCAUAUCAGCUGCCGUGCCCUGAGGAUGUUGCCGUUAAAGUCACCAUGCAGGGAGACGGGCCAUGCAUUGGCAAGGAUGCCGUGCUUUGCAUCAAUCUGAAAAACAAAUGCAACUCACCUCGUACCCUCACCCUCCACAGCAAAGCAGCGGCCAUGUACCACACCGGAGUCCACAGGGCUUUCUUGAAGAAGGACCAGACAUGCUUUGAGCUGAAGGCCUCUGAAUGCAAGACUCUGGAAUGGACCCUGCGUUAUGACGAGUACAAGGAACACCUGUUGGACCACGCUCCUCUGACACUCCAUCUCAUUGGACACGUGGAACAAACUAAACAAGUUGUGGCCACCCAGUUCCACUUCAGGCUGCGUACACCGGACCUGGUUCUCGCUCCUGCAUGUGAUGCCAUAAUGGGCAAGGAGGUGCCAGUUAAGGUGACUUUCCAGAACCCGUUGCAUUGUCCCUUGAGGAAUGCUGUGUUCCGUUUUGAGGGUCUGGGAAUGAAGCAUGCCAGAACUGUUUCUUAUGGUGAAAUCGCAAGCCAAGGCACAGUGUGCCUGACGGAGAAAUUCGUCGCCAAUCGAUGUGGCCCUCAGAAACUUCUGGCAUCCCUCGACUGUCCUCAGCUCACUCAGGUGCACGGAUGUGCCAACAUCAUCGUCAAGCCACAAUGUUAAAGCAACCAACCAGCCAGCCGCAAGAAACGAACAAUCUUUUUCUUUUAAAAUUGCAUUUUGGGGAGCAGAACUUGUGUUAUAAUCAUCUUAAUCUACUUUCAUGUUUUCUUUAGUUGUUGGAUUUUAUCAAGCCAAUCAUUUACUUAUUUGAUUCAAAUUUUCUGGUAAUGGUAAUUCUGUCCUCUGUGUUGCCUCAGCUCUAAUAAAAGAUUUCA